AUGGAGUCAAUCUUCAGUUUCGAGACUGAGAUCCCACGGGUAUCUUCACCCUGGCUUAAACAGCUCGAAUCUUUGAAAUCUACCACAACUCCCCCACCACGGAACGGUGACUUCGUUACAAACUCUGAGCCCACGGCCUAUCUGGAUGGAGCUGGUAAUGUCACCAGGCUCGAGGCCGAACCCCAGGACGGUCCUGUAGAGUAUAAGCUUCAUCUACUGCUUCGCCCCCGUCGCAAUUACACCUACAUGAAUACGGUGACGCAAAUAUCUGGUUCGAAACAUUCGAAGUACAACGGUCCUGCUCGUACGACUUCCGAGACUGCACUGCCGGCAACAAGUUCUUCUUCAUCUGUCACUCACAACACCAGACAGGAUAGGUUUCAGCACCUGACCAACCAGCUUCUUUGGAGGUUACAACAAUCGGCCCCAAACCAUACAGCUUCGGCUUCUUUAAACACACAUUUUCUCGUGCCCCAAUUGCCAGAAGAUACAGCAGAGUUACAAGCACCAUCAAAACUGGGACCUUUGUUGCAUUCGCUAAAAGAGAGUGAAGGCGCACUCUAUGAGAUUGGUGUGUCCGAUGACGGAACGCUAGUUGGGCUCGCAGAAGACGAAAUGCAAGACAGUCUCAACAACCUGCGAGCUAUGGCUGCAACUUUAGGUUGUGUUGUGGAAAUACUUCGGAUGGUAAAAGUUGGUCAUUGCUCUUACACGGAACAGGUUGACGAGAAGUCGCCUCCGAGGACAGUGGAGCGUAACAGCGAUCUUUUCGUCGCAGAAGCGUUGGUGAAGCCUUAUUUGGGACCUGAUGUCGGAAAUGGCAGCGGAACUGCAGACAGCAUGUCUACUGAGCACCUUGUCGCGGAAAAGGAAUCCGUGAAGCAACUACGAAUAUCACUCACAGGGGCCACCGCGUCUGGAAAGUCGUCUCUACUGGGCACUCUGUCAACGACGACACUGGACGAUGGCCGAGGCUUAAGUCGUAUGAGCAUGCUUAAACACCAACACGAGAUUACCUCUGGUAUAACAAGCUCAGUCACCCAAGAGCUGAUCGGCUACAACCCUGCACCGACAGGAGAUAUACAAGUCAUCAAUUAUGCUACCCAGGGUGUGAAUACGUGGGUUGAUAUGCAUAUAGCUUCUGUAGAUGGUCGUUUGGUUUGCAUAGCGGACUCUGCCGGACACCCGCGAUACCGAAGAACAACCGUCAGGGGCCUUGUUGGUUGGAAACCACAUUGGGUUCUGCUCUGUGUUCCAGCAGAUGAUGAAGAGCGAAUCUCUAGCAAAGUCGGCAGCACGCCACCGUCAAGUGUGGCACUAGGCCCAGCCGCCGGCGACGUCGACCUCUCUGCUGCACAUCUAGACCUCUGUCUCCGUCUUCAACUACCGCUGGUGGUCACUAUCACUAAACUCGAUCUUGCUUCGAAGACCGGGCUGAGAGCGACACUUGCAAAAUUGCUUUCCAUUUUGAAGUCAGCAGGCCGAAAGCCGCUGAUCAUACCCAACUCGCCUGGAAAUAUCUCGGUAGAGGAGCUGCAAAGCUUUAGCGAGCAAAAAUCGACUGGCAUACGCAAGACCAUCGACAGCUUGUUUGACGAUCCUCUAUCAGCGGUGCCCAUCAUCUUGACGAGCGCAAACCAGGGCGCAGGCUUUGACAACUUGCAUGCUGUGUUGAACGAGCUUCCUAUACCAGAUCACCGGGAGGAUUUGCCAUCCCACGAGGAAGCCAUCGACUCUCUCUUCCAUGUCGAGGACAUAUACAACAAGGCGCAAGACCCAAACACAAUCAUCUUGAGCGGCCACUUGGGCAGAGGCACGAUAGCGACGGGUCAAGGAUUCUUUCUAGGACCUUGCUCGCUUUCUGGUGGGGAUGACUCGGAAGACUCUGAUACCCAACAGCGUCCUCGACUUGGGCAAGCUCUACCGACAUCCCGCUCGUUUCCCGGCGCACUCAAGACACCCAGCACACUUCAUUCCCUGAGCAAAGCAUCGGGCCAGGAGUGGCGCAGGGUCAAAAUUGCGAGCAUUAGAAAUCUGCGCCUUCCCGUGUCUACACUGCACUCGACGCAAGCUGGCACCAUCGGAAUCGAGUUGGCUGACGACACGACUCUCGACACUUGGGAUAAAAUCAAGGUUCGAAGGGGCAUGAUUCUCUGCAACAAGCCCGCAACUUCGACCAGCACUAUCGUCGCGCAAUUCAAGCGAGAUGAUUUGGGCACGUUGGCCGUGGGAAGUCAAGUUGUACUGUAUCUCGCAAGUGUCCGCUCUUCUGCCAGAAUCUUGUCAUGCAGAACACCCGAGGCUUCAGAGCUGUUGGACGAAGACUUGGAUGCCGUAGACGAAGGCCAUGGUUCUCAAGACGGCAAUUCCUUUGAUAGAGCCGUUGCUGGCGCUGUCACGCAUCAGUUCUUGCAAGUGACGUUCCACCUCGAAUCCACCAAAGAGUACGUCGAAGUCGGCACAAAGACCCUAGUCAUGCCCGGAGGCGGUCCGGGUCUA